CCAGCAAUGCACAGCAGUUGUUUCCUGUUGUCCUGCAUCGUUCUCCAGAAAGCAUAGAACAGGUUACCAUCGUCCUCUUAUGCCAGAUGCGAAAGGGAAGGAGUGACUCACGGCUUGUUUAUGGGACAAAAUCCUGAUGUGUCAUCACAAGCAACCAAGUGCGGAGCAGAGCAUAUGAUAAGGAUACUCUUGUGGUCGAAACACUGGUGUACUAUAUGAAAGCUUGGCUCCUGGCACUGCUGAAUGCUUCUUCUGAACAUUCAUUGUCUGUCUCAGACUUCGAUUCUCUUUCAUUUGAGUGAUUACUGAAGGCUGGCCAUUAGUUACGGAAGUAUUUUGACAUGUGAGAAAAAGAAAGAGAGGACUUUUUUUUGGCAAUUUACUACUCAUGCCCUAAAAUCAGAAUUUCUACUCAAUGCCUGUGUAGUGUCUCAUCUCUGCUGAGGACUAUCCAACAGCUAAAGCACCUUGUGUGCUUCCGUUUAAAAUGAAAGAUGAAAUUGCUGCCACAGUCUUCUUCAUCAUGAAGCUGGUGAAAAGGGAAGACAAGCUGAGCAAACACAAAAUGGAGAAAUUUGCAGCUAAGCUGACGACAAUACUGUUUGAAAAGUAUAAGAAUCACUGGUACUUGGACAAUCCAUCCAGAGGACAAGCCUUCAGGUGUAUAAGGAUAAACAGACACCAGACAAGAGAUCCACUGCUGGAGCAAGCUUGUGUGGAGAGUAAUGUGGACUUUAAUAAGCUUGGUUUGCCCAAAGAGAUGACACUGUGGGUUGAUCCAUUUGAGGUGUGUUGCAGAUAUGGUGAGAAGAACCGUCCCUUCACAAUUGCGCAGUUUGAAGGAGAGGAGAACCCAGAGCUUCCUCAGCAGAUCAGCUAUGCUGCCGACAGAGCAGCUUUAGACUAUCAUUCUGACGUUUCUUCAGAUGAGGAGAACUUCAAGGAGCCAAAAGCUAUACCUAUUGUCAGCAAUCCUAACAGUAUCUAUCAGUUCAGUGACUGCUGCAAGGCACAGCCCUGGUCUCAGUAUCUUCAUAGGAGGACCUAUAUGACUGAUGGCUCUCACUAUGCCCAGCACAGAGGCUACAAAGUCAGCAAGCCAACAGCUGCUUUCACAGGACCGCGUGUUGAUAGAUACCACUGGAUCAAUACCAAGUGGUAGAUCUGUGGCUGCACCUGUUGAAACACUGAACUAUGAGAUGAAGGCUGGCACUGCAAGUUUCACAAAAACAAAAAGCUCUUACUGUCUAGUCCCUGUCUCUUUUUUUUGUACACCUGAAACUUUUGGGUUUGUUUAACAUCAAUAAAAUGUUUAAAAGAUUAUACGUGAGACUUGUAAGUUAAAAAGGAAAUGCAUGUAUCAAUACACCUACUUGUUUUGUUUGUGUUUUUUAAAGCUCUUUGGUGAAAAGGCAAGCAAGUCAAGGAAGACAAAAGCAUCCUCCAAGCUGCUUUGGAAGACAGUCUGCUUCCUUCUGGCAAAGGUAGCAAGGGCAGAAGUGUACUUCUGAGAUGUGUGGUCAGCAAAACAUCUGCACAUCACGAGCAGGAUUGCCUCCAUGCUCCCUUUGAGUGAGGUUUUGGUAUAGGCAGCUGUGCGAGAGUGCCAGCUAGGCUCUUGGCUCUAGACUACAGCUAACUUGUCGGAAGAAGAGAGUCUUGUGGGCAGGAGACGGGUGAGCAUGGUGGUGUAGCUUUUGGAGCUGUAAGCUAGUGUGUUGCCUAGUAGAAUGAUGGAGCUGUUAUGUUUAAGUAAGCAAUAUGGUGGUCCAUAGGGCACUUGGGUCAAGUUGUCUUCUAGCUAGUGCAGAACUCCUGACAGAUGGAGACUCACAGGAAUACUACUGGGCUUCAAAACUGUAUUGGUUCCAGGGCUGAGUAAAAAAAUGUGGUCUCAUACAAUCAGCAUCAACACAACUUUGUCCUGUUGACUUAUGG